AUGAAAGAUUGCCUUACAUGGAAAUUUGGACGUGAUGCAAAAGAAAGGGCACUUGCUAAGCGUCAAAUGGAGGCUUCGAUGAGAACACGAUCUAGUUCAACUUCAAGACGUGCUACGUUGACUAGAGCUUCUCGUCCAACUCGUGCAUCUGUUGGACAUACAAAAGUAGCUUACGUUCCUCCAAAGGAAUCUGAUACAUUCAAGAUCAAAAGAUUCGCAGAUAUUGAUCAUUAUGCUAUUGUUGACUACUGGGAUUAA